AGCUUUCUGGCUUGUUUUCAGGGGGUGGUUGGAGGUGUCCUGAUCGUGACCCCCAACAACAUCAUGUUUGACCCUCACAAGUCUGACCCGCUGGUGAUCGAGAACGGCUGUGAGGAAUACGGCCUCAUCUGCCCCAUGGAGGAGAUGGUUUCCGUGGCGUUGUACGAUGACGUGUCGCGUAUGAAGCUCAAAGACGCUCUGCCUUCAGACCUACCCCAGGAUCUGUGUCCUGUGUACAGGCCUGGUGAGUGGGAGCAGCUGCCUUCUGAGCAGGAGCUCAACCCAUUCAGCCGAUAUGAAGCGCUGGUUCCACGCCGACCAAUAGUCUUGGACGACAUUGAAUCUACACUCUCUGAAACCGGUAAAAGUAUAUUUUACCCCAUUUAUAACAACAGAAGUGGACUUUAAGUCUUGAGUUGUAUUUUUAUUCUUUACAUUUUUAAGUUAUAACAGGUCAUUUAUAAACUGUACAAGAAAAUAGAGAAUCUAGUUUUUCAAAGAAAGUAGAGUCAGAGGUAUGUCUUACUGUUU